UACUCGCGCUCGUCAUCUAGGAAGCUCGACUUUGCUUUGUAGACUUUGCCAUAUGUGCCGCUGGAGAUGAAGCCAAGAAUCACGUACUUGUCGAGCACCUUGACAUGCGCCUUGUUCUUUCGAGCAAAGUACCGUUCCAUAAGCAAGCAGCAUGCAAGAGAAUGAUCAGUGCAAGUAUGAGAAGCAGGAGCACAAAGUAUGGGAUCUAAGAAGUCUUGAGCGUUGGAUCUGGGAGCAAGAGGGAGCGUGCGUGGUCGUCCUGCGCGCAUUCUACAAGGAAACAGCAGCAGCAAGCCUCAAACAACACAGCUUAUGUGAGGGUCUCUUCUGUCUCCGCCUAUCACCAAGAGCGAUGGGUACUAUGACACCCUUUUUGGUGUACUCGAUCACGUCACAUGCUCUGGGCUCUGCCAUGUUUGGCUAUCAUAUCGGAGAGAUCAACCCCAUUGCUCUGUCAAUCUCCUGCCAAUAUGGCUCAAAGAAGAGCAACCAUUUUACUCCAGCCUUCUUAGACUGUAUCAAGAUGACUGAAGAGCAAGUAGGAGCUGUUGUUGCUGUCUUUGCUAUCGGAGGUCUCGUAGGUUCUCUUUGUGCCGGAAGUCUCAUUGACCGUUACGGGCGGCGCAAAGUCUCCCUACUGAAUUGCUCUGUGUUCCUUCUUGGAUCACUCUUCAUGGCAUCUGCAAAUGGUCUGACUGCUCUUGUUCUCGGUCGGUUUGUCGUUGGCAUUGGAAGCGGAGUAUCAAUGGUCUCUGUUCCAAUCUAUCUAUCAGAAGUAUCGCCUCAGCAGAUCAGGGGCACAGUUGGCGUCAUGACGCAGAUAUCUAUUGUGCUUGGCAUCAUGCUUGCUCAAGUUCUCGGUGUCUUUCUAACAGAGGGCAUGCUUUGGCGAUAUAUACUACUCGUCGGAUUCAUCCUGGCUCUGCUUCAAUUUGCCAUGCUUACUGCCACGGUCGAGUCCCCCAAAUGGCUCGCCUUGCAGCCUGGGAAGUUGCCACUCGCGCAUCAAGCACUAUCAAAGAUUCGGGCCUGCAUUGAUGUCGACGAUGAAGUGCGCAUGUGGAAAGGCGCUGACAGAAACAGAGCCGGUGAUCAAGACUUGCUGUCAGAUGCCAGCCCUCAUGCUACGUUGUCGUUGCGUGAAUUUGCCACACGUCAGGAGUAUCGAAGUGCCAUUCGAAUCAUACUCAUUACACAGCUUGCACAGCAGCUGACGGGUACAAAUGCUGUCAUCUUUUACUCAACUGCGAUCCUCUCAAGGCUCCUGCCCAAGCUGUCGGCCUGGAUAGCAGUACUCAUUCAGAUGGUCAAUUUUCUUGUAACGCUUCUCGCGGCGCAUCUGAUUGAGCGAAGCGGUCGACGAGCCCUGCUCCUUAUGUCACUUGCUGGCAUGUGCGUCUUCUCCCUAUCUCUAUGCAUCGGCUUGGAGCGAAGUAUGCCUUACUUGUCCGCUGCUUCGGCUGUCGGCAUGAUUGGCUCGUUCGGUCUCGGUUUGGGACCAAUCCCUUUCUUGCUUGCAAAUGAGUUGCUUGAUGUGGAAGCCGUCGGUUUUGCGCAAAGUCUGGGUCUGUCAGUCAAUUGGAUCGGCACAUUUACUAUUGGCAUACUGUUUCCCGUGCUCAGGCACGCCAUGGGAGGCUACGUAUUUUCGAUCUUCUGUGUGGUUGCCGCUCUAUCGUUUCUUGCAGUCUUGCGUUAUCUACCAAAAAGCAGUCGACGAAUAGUUAGCGAGACGGACCCGUAAAGCAAG